AUGGAGAACGAAAAUCUUGACAACCAAAAUUCCGAAAUCGUUCCUCCUCUGCACACCGCCACUCCACAACCACCCAACAUCGUCAUCCACCAAGAUCACUCUUCCUUCCCUCUCAUUGUUACCCUUGACGAAACAAACUACCCCCUAUGGUCACAACUCAUGGAUAUGAGAAUCGGAGCUCGCAACAAAUCCGGUUUCCUUACCGGUGCUACACCCAAACCAAACCUUGGUGAUCCUUCUCUUGAUUCAUGGAUCACCAACAACAAACACGCCACUUCGAAGACGUUAUACGAUGGCUCUGAUGAGUCAUGCCUCUUCGACCUUAACCAGCGGUCGUUCACCACGAAGCAACUCGGACGUCCCCUUGCUGUCUACUACAACGAACUCUUGGCCAUCUUCCAAGAAAUUGAUCACCGUACCUCUCCAUCUGAUUCAGUUACUAAUCUUGUUCAUCAACAAUCGACCCUAUCUCGAUUUAGGGUUCACAUCUUCCUUGCUGGUCUUGAUUCUGAAUUUGACCAGGGCUCUUAUGCGUAUGUCAGGCGUGAUUCUCAACAACGUCUUACCAUGAGUCACACGAAGACCCCCUCUAAUGCCUCUGCCCUCCUCACACAUUCCCCACGCAUCAGUUCUCCACACCCUCCUAGGCCUCGCCGCGACAGUGCUCCUCCCACCAGGCCUUCGUCAUUUCUGUGCUCUCAUUAUGGAGAGGUGGGUCAUUCCAAGCAACGGUGUUACGAGUUGAUUGGGUAUCCGGAUUGGUGGGACUUCACCAAACGUCCCCGCAAGAAAAUUCCUCCAAGAGCAAGCCUUACUGUUGCUGAUGCUGAACAGUCCCUUCCUUAG